CUGUGCAUUUCCCGCCGAGCUGGUAUUGGUGACGACCCGACCUGGCUUCCGGUACGUGAAGGUCCUGCGGGCGGGGAAACAUGUCGAGCUUCUCCCGGGCGCCCCAGCAAUGGGCCACUUUUGCCCGAAUGUGGUAUCUCUUAGAUGGGAGGAUGCAGCCCCCUGGCAAACUUGCUGCUAUAGCAUCAACAAGGCUUCAAGGGCUGCAUAAACCUGUGUACCAUCAAAUAAGUGACUGUGGAGAUCACGUUGUCAUCAUGAACACACGACACAUUGCAUUUUCUGGAAACAAAUGGGAACAAAAAGUGUACUCCUCACACACUGGCUACCCCGGUGGAUUCAGACAGGUGACGGCUGCGCAGCUCCACCUGCGGGACCCGGUGGCGAUCGUGAAGCUCGCUGUGUAUGGCAUGCUGCCCAAAAACCUGCACAGGAGAACCAUGAUGCAGAGGCUUCAUCUCUUUCCAGACGAGGAUGUUCCGGAAGAUCUCCUCAGGAACUUAGUGGAGGAGCUCCCUCAGCCCCGGAAGGUGCCCAGGCGUCUGGACGAGUACACCCAGGAGGAGAUCGCGGCCUUCCCCCAAGUCUGGUCCCCACCUGAAGAUUACCGGCUAUAGGAGGAUGGAAAUUACAGAAAAUAACGGUGGUGAUGGCCGUGGCCACAUCUUCCUGCUGAGUCUCACUCACCCAGGACGCAGCGAGAAAGGCGGCUGCUGCCGGUCACUGGCGACAGUUCCAGAUGGACCAGGCCUUCCGCCAGAUAACAGUGAAACAUUUUAUUUUAUAGAAGUGUAUCAUUUAUUUAAAUGUUCUAAGUGAUAAUAAUAAAACUGGUUAACUAUGCA